UUUGCUAGUAACGCUAGAGCGUUUAUUUUAGCUGUCUGCGGCUUUAUAUUUCUGUUAAUAAUCUGGUACUUUGGUGACAGAUAUGCUGCCGGUGGUGGUGGUGCAUGGAGGUGCUGGUCAUAUUCCUAAAGAAAGAACUGAAGAAUCUACAAUUGGAGUGAAAGAGGCAGCCAGGACUGGAUAUGCCAUCCUUCAGAGGGGCGGAAGUGCUGUUGAUGCUGUAGUUGAAGCAGUGGCCCUGAUGGAAACCAACCCAAGAUUCAAUGCAGGUCGAGGGUCAGUGUUAAAUAUUAAGGGGGAGGUAGAGAUGGAUGCAUUGGUGAUGGAUGGCAGAACUCUUGACAGCGGGGCUGUUUCUGCCGUAAGAAGAAUCGCUAACCCUGUGCAACUAGCCAGGCUUGUAAUGGAGAAGACCAAACACUUGUGUCUGACAGCUGAAGGGGCUUCAAAGUUUGCCAGAAGCAUGGGUGUACCGGAAGUGCCCGAGGAGUCAUUGAUCACAGACUAUGCCAAGAUGCGCUGGAAGAAGAACUUGGAGCCAGAUGCCAACCCUGUGGAAUGCCAAAUGGGAAAGAUGGGGACAGUAGGUGCAGUAGCCGUGGACAUGGAUGGAAACAUUGCUUGUGCCACCUCCACUGGAGGAAUGAUAAAUAAAAUGGAGGGUCGUGUGGGAGACACACCGUGUGUUGGAUGUGGGGGUUAUGCUGAUAACAAGAUUGGUGCAGUUUCACCCACAGGCCACGGAGAAGCCAUCAUGAAGGUCACACUGUCUAGACUCGUUCUCUUCCACAUGGAGCAAGGGAAGACCCCAGAGGAGGCGAGUGACCUGGCUCUUGCGUACAUGAAGGAGCGUGUGGAUGGUCUCGGCGGGGUGGUGGUGGUUGAUCAUAACGGCACAUGGGCUGCUCGCUUCAGCAGUUUACAGAUGUCAUGGGCCGCUGCCCAGCAGGGCAAACUCCAUUUUGGCCUGUUCCAUGGUGACCACUUUACUGAGCCUGUUGAAGAGCACACAUAAUGAAACCACAAAAGUAUACAUUUUGGUAUCACUUUAUUUUAAUGGUUCUUUUUAACACAUUUUGUUGAUUAUAUGUUACUCUAAUUCUCAAAAUUGACAUUUACUUGCAAAUACUGUUUUUUUUUUUCCAAGUCUGUUGUCAGCAACAAUCAGCAACAGCCAAUCUUAAGCAGAUAGACUACUAAUAAUCCAAUGAGAAUGUAACUUAUAGUCAAUUAAAUGUCAAAAUAAAGUGAUACCUACGUUUUUUUUUCAAUCAGUAUUGAUUAUUAAGGGAAAAAUGUGUACAUGCUAAUCAGUGUUAUAGAUACAUAAAUACAUACAUGGCAGGAAUUGUAUUAAUUAUAUUGUGAAAAAAAUGUGUAUGUGUAACAGUAAAAGAAGUCUUGCACAAACUGACUGACCAUAUAAAUAUAAACCAGGCUUAACACUCCAUUUGUUAGCAGUUUUGUCUGUCCUCUGUGGUACUGUUAUGCUCUCCACUAGAUGGAGACAAAUUGUAUUCUUUGGAAAUCGUUUUAAUCUAAGUGCAGUGCACGUUUAAUAAAUGUAUGAUUAAA